UUGAAAAAAAAGGAAGUUACAAAUAUCUUUCCAGAACUUAGACGAAAAAGGGCAAGACCAAAAUAAAUGAAAAAUACUUUCAGGGUGCCCUUCACAAAAAAAGCAAUUCAAAUCUAAAUCUUUUUUAAAACGUUGAAGAAAAAUUUUAGUGGGUCUGUGGAGACUUCUUGCUUACGUGGGAGGAAAGCUUGCCUGACAGGCUAAACUCAGGGCAGGAAUAGCCCUAAGACGUAGCACAGCCCCCGCAGCCGGUUAGCAAAACAGCCUGCCAGGUCUUUGACAGCUCGGUACUCGACGUCAGGGUAACUGUGCGGCCGUAGUGAUACUUGACGACGUGUCAUCGACAGUUGUCAGGUUACAGUGCAAGUGAGCAAUUCCUUUUGAGACCAUGGCGAUUUUUGGCUUUCUGUCUUUAUGUAGCCGAUUAGCCAACUAACGGGUAUUCCUGACUGCGAACUAGCAACUUGUUAGCAUGCUAGCAACAGGGAUCCUCCCAGCACUGUGACGGCUAGCCAGCGUUAGCCACACUCAGUGUGGUAACCUCAAUGUUUUCUCAGUAUUUAUUUAUAUUUCUUGAUUUAACAAAACUGUUAAACUGUGCUGUUAGUCCUGUUCAGGGCUUUACCUAAUCAGCCAGUGUUUCGUGGUCAGUCUUUAUUUUCUUUACAGGAUAACAGUCAUUGUUUAUUGGGGCUCAGCUCUAGCUAGCUGCCUCUAUUGUUUACAUGGAUACAGUCAGCUGAACUGCACUGUGGGGCAUGUGGUGGUCGUAACAAUAGUGGGUCAGCUGCCUGUGAACAUAUGGAAAUGGGGCUGGGAGGUAGCAAAAGCUCUACAGCCGCCUGUACCUACACGAGGACGAUAAGAGCUUUGGAGGAGGACAGCUGUGUCUGUUGGACUGUUUGACUUUGUGUGGGCGUUGGACAAAGGACAGGAGUUUGUUUGCACAUAUUAAAGCUUGACCUGAAACAAGACUACAUGAGGAGAAUAGUAAAUAAACUGUGCUGGGAAAUGUUCCACACUUCUGGCACUGGGAUGUUGCUGAAGACCCUGCUGAUCACCAGUCUUCUUGGCUGGGCAAAAUGUCAAGAGAGCCAGAGCAUGACACCAGAGGAGAAGACUGUUAUCAGGGACCAGAUUGUUGAAAUGUUUGAUCACGCUUAUGGCAGUUACAUGAAAUAUGCCUAUCCAGCAGAUGAGCUGAUGCCUCUAAGCUGCAGGGGGAGAGUCCGUGGCCAGGAGCCCAACAGAGGCGACAUAGAUGACUCCCUGGGGAAGUUUUCUCUGACACUGAUUGACACCCUUGAUACCCUGGUGGUGUUAAACAAGCUUGAUGAAUUUGAGGACGCAGUGAAGAAGGCCGUGACAGAUGUGCACCUGGACAACGAUGUGGUGGUGUCUGUGUUUGAAACCAACAUCAGAGUUUUAGGAGGGCUUUUAGGAGCCCACGUGAUGGCUGACCUGCUCCGGGAGCGCGGGGAGAUGAUGCAGUGGUAUCGUGAUGAGCUCCUGCACAUGGCCAAAGAACUGGGCCAUCGAUUACUGCCUGCCUUUAACACCACAAGUGGCCUUCCCUACCCUAAGGUGAAUCUGCGGUACGGAGUCCUAAACCCACUUUCACGUACAGGCACUGAAUCGGACACCUGCACAGCAUGUGCUGGAACAAUGAUCCUGGAGUUUGCUGCCCUCAGCAGACUGUCGGGAGAGUCUGUGUUUGAGGAACAUGCAAGGAAGGCUCUGGAUGUCCUCUGGCAGAGGAGGCAGAGGGGAAGUGACUUGGUGGGGACUGUCAUCAAUAUCCAUAAUGAAGAAUGGGUGCGGAGGGACAGUGGAGUCGGUGCUGGUAUUGACUCAUACUAUGAAUAUCUGAUGAAGGCCUACAUUCUUCUUGGAGACAAUGUGUUUCUGGAGAGAUUCAACAUUCACUACAGUGCCAUUAUGAAGUACAUCAGUCAGCCUCCCCUGCUGCUCAAUGUACACAUGCACAACCCCACUGUGAGCGUGCGCAGCUGGAUGGACUCUCUCCUGGCAUUCUUCCCUGGCUUACAGGUUUUGAGAGGAGACCUGAAACCAGCUAUUGAGACGCAUGAAAUGCUUUAUCAAGUCACCAAACAGCACAAGUUCCUUCCAGAGGCGUUCACUACAGAGUUCAGAGUUCACUGGGGCCAACACCUACUGAGACCAGAGUUUGCAGAAAGCACCUACUACCUCUAUAAGGCCACUGGUGACCCCUACUACCUCAGAGUGGGACAGUCUAUCGUGGAAAAGCUCAAUGCCUACGCCAGGGUGCCUUGCGGUUUUGCUGCUGUGCAAGAUGUCCGCACUGGGACGCAUGAAGACCGGAUGGACUCGUUCUUUCUGGCUGAGAUGUUUAAAUACCUGUACCUACUGUUUUCGGAGAAGAGCCAAUUGCCUAUCGAUAUCGACGAUUACAUCUUCACCACAGAGGCUCACCUUCUCCCUGUAUCUCUCUCCAUCACCCAGCCGCCCUGUCAGGGCAACAACACGGAAACUGCUCCUGUUUCCCAAGAAGAAGAUCUGUUCACACACUCCUGCCCCAGUAUGGAGACGUUGUUCCCCAACAACCCCUCAUUUGCCAAAACCAUCCGGGACAGCUAUAAGUACCUCACCGGGGUGGGACGAGCCUUCCACCCCUUACCUGUCAGGGAAAUCGAACUGUCGCUCCAUGAUAACGGGAUGGAGCCAGUAGAGUUCUUGAAGAGCAUGGGCAUUUCUCUCACUCCACUGAACGAGGUCAUGGCAGGAGACACCGGGAGUCGGAAGGAGCAUAAAGGAGUGUACCGGGUUAAACUUGUGGCAGAGGUGAGCCACACACCGGAGGAGGAGGAGGUGGUGCCCCAUGUUGUUCAGCUCAUAUCCCCCCCAUUCCUGGGUAGGACAGUUCUCACAGCAGGACCUGCCAAGUUUGGGAUGGACCUCACCAAGCAGGAACACGGGGUGAAGGGCAGCAUCGUGAAAGCCUCUCCCUACACUGCAUGUGGGCCAGUAGAUAAUGCAGUGGAGCUUAAAGGGCGUAUCGCUCUGGCACUGCGGGGAGAUUGCAUGUUUGCUGUCAAGGCUCGUUGGCUGCAGGAGGCAGGAGCCAUAGGAGUCAUCUUUAUAGACCACCGUGAGGGAAGUAAUAGUGAAGACACUCCCCUGUUCCAGAUGGUUGGAGAUGGCGACUCCACUGAAGACAUCACCCUGCCUUUGGUCUUCCUGUUCAGCCACGAGGGUGCCGUGCUCACAGCAGCUCUGGAAGAACAUCACAAUGUGGAUGUGCUGCUGCUGCCCAAGGAGAGGCAGCUGGGACAUGAUAAGACAGAAAAACAUGUCGGCAUGAACAUCAAACUCCGCCUGGCAGAGGAGGGGGAGCUGGAGGAAGGACCAGGCAGAGGGCGCACCUUGGAGUUUGUCUUGGAUAAAGAGGAAUUGCUUAUUAAGGAAGACGAGGAAGAUGAGCAACAACGACAGCAGCAGCAGUUCUGCUCAAUGGCAACAGAAAAUGACAGGACUGAAUCACAUUCAGCAGAUUCCUCUCAAACCGCAAACUCUAACUGUGGACCAGACGCAAACCCUUGACCACUGCUGAUCCCAAAGCAGCCAAAUUUCAAAACACUGAUCUUUCGUCAGUUCCUGAAUGGCGUGUGCCUCAGAGCCCCUCACUGCCCUACAUGGAGCCCUAACUGACCCAGUCUGCAUGUUUACAGGCGAAUGAAGGAGAGUAAAGCAGUGUGAUGGCCACUUUCACGUCCUGUUUUGAUUUUGGAACCUAAAUAUGGUUCUCCAUUUAUUAGAAAGUGGGUCAAAAUGGGGCUUUUGUUCUGUAUGGUGCUGGUUUCUCUGAAAUCAGGGACACCAUGAGACUAAAUUAGGUAGUUAAACACCUAAAGCUGUAGGUAAAGACCGCUGGGCUAGUGUAUCCACAGCUAGCCUGUAGUGUUGCUAUUGUAGGCACAUACAAGGUGUUUGUGAUGAUAAUGAUGUAGAUCGUUGACUAGAAUUUAAAAUGACCUCAACCGAGGAGGAAAACAUAGGUAAGGCAAAUAUGUACUCAGUUAGGUUUUUAUGCAAUGCAGUUUGUUUUUAAUGUGAAGUGCACCUUUUAACUCCAACAACUACUGUUAAUUAUUCAGUGAUGGUGAAUGGACCUGGCCAGUAGGUGGUGUUAGCUGCCGUAGCUUCUCAGUAAUAUAAUGUUAGUAGAUGAAGGAGAUGAGCUGGGGCCAAUUUGGAAAGUUUCUUUUUUUUUUUACUAGUAAGCAACUUCAGGGAAUUUAAUGAGUGAAUGCAGUUUGAAAGCCUGACCCAUUUGAUGACAUUUGUGUGUGUUCUGCAUCACAUUUUUUCCUAUUAUGUUUAUGUGUUAGUGUGUGCGUGGGUGAUAACUACAUAGAACACUUAAGAAAGCGUCUCAGCUACAUCAUCAUUGCUAUUAGAUGAAACCCUCCUUUUAUAAGUCAUCAUGCAGGAAAUUACGAACGGAAAGUCUGUUGGAUCGACCUUCAUGAGUGAACUUUAGAUAUUUCAGGCCAUAUGCUGCUUUUUUCCAACCUAUACAUAACUGUGUAUCCAUUAUUAGGGAGCAGUCUGUAUGAUUUGGAGGGAUCUAUUGACAGAAAUUUAAUAUAAUAUUCACAAUUAGGUUUUCAGUAGUAUAUAGUUACCUGAAAAUAAGAAUCCAUUUGUUUUCGUGAACUUGGAAUAAGCCCUCUGUUUCUACAUAUAGAGCAGGUUCUCUCCCACAGGGUUGCAACACCAUUUUUUUUAUAGUAGCUUAGAACCAAAAUCACUAGCUUUAGGACAAAAAAAAAGCUCCUGCGCACACCAGGAUAAUCAAAUAGAGACUAUUUUAUUAAUAAAUGACAUUGAGAAUGAUCAUCAGGUUUUAAUGUUACCUGUAGGUUCCCCGACACUCUUGGAAAGGGAGGGCUGAGGGGAGGUGUAUUCAGUUGGUUGCAAUCUACAACCUCACCACUAGAUGCCACUAAAUCAUACACACUGGACCUUUAAAUUGUAAUUAAUCAUGCCAUCUUAAAAACUUUGCAAAAAUGACCAAAGCUGGUUUUCUUGUAACAGAAGUGUAGCUGUAACUCUGGUUUUAUUCCAGAUGCAGCAUCACAGGUUGGUCUGCAGUUCCAGACUGCAAUGCACUUUGAAACACGGGUAUGAUCGUCUAUGGCAGAAUCAGUUCUUUGUGUGUAUGUGUGUGUGUGUGUAUGUUGCAAUAAGAAAUUGCAUUCAUUUAUCGUCCCAUUUGCAUUGUGCAUUGAUGCAUUGUUUUUAGCCACCUUAAAAUAUAAGUAAAACUCUUCAGGGUUACUUUAAAAACAAACAAACAAAAAAAAAAUCAUAUUUAGAGGUAUCCUUUUAAGUUUGCUGGAGUACAGCAAGGCUCUCGCAUCUUCUCAAAAAGUGACAGUCAUACUGAAAAAAAAACCCACCAAAACAAUUAAAUCCUGUUGAUAUAUACAGCUGUCUUGUCUCACCCUCUCUACACACACUAAACCAUAUUCUGGGCAUUCUUAUUUGUCAUCACUUUCUAAAAUGCAUAACACUUUAAUUUCAUAUUCACUUAAUUCUCAUUAAUACAUUGUUACAUAAUGUUUGUUUGUGUGGGGAAAAACACUUUUCUUUUAUGUUUGUUCAGGGGAACUGCUCCUGAUGCUGCUGAGUUAAUUUCAAGUCUUAAUCCAACUGGACAUUUUUAUUUUAUUUUAUAUUUGUUUGUUUAGCCUGUGUAAGACUCUGCCAACCCGUAUACCUCAGGACUGUGUGUUGGAGUUCGCACAGAGAAAAGGACCGUGGACAAGAAGCAGUGGAUUCUUCUCAUCGUUUUCCAUGCUAUUUUAGUUUCAGCUGUUCUUUUAAGGUUUCUGUUGAUCACUGGCUAAAAGUCAAGUGCCAAAAGAGAUGCAUGACAUGGCUCCUGUUUCUGUUCCCCAUCUAAUCUGUAUCUUAAUUUCUGACUGUGAGUUAAGGCAGUCUUGUCAAUAAAUUCAAAAUCACCAUUA